GGAGGGAAAGGUCGUCGCGGCGCCGGCGCUCGUUCUGCAGCGGACAAACAUGGCGGCCCCGACGUUGACUGCGAGGUUGUACUCGGUGCUGUUCCGCCGGACCUCUACCUUCGCCCUCACCAUCGCCGUGGGCGCCCUGUUCUUCGAGCGCGCCUUCGAUCAAGGCGCAGACGCGAUCUACGAAAACAUCAACCAGGGGAAGCUGUGGAAGCACAUCAAGCACAAGUAUGAGAACAAGGAGUAGCUCCCAGGAGGCCCCCGUCCAGGCCAGAAGGACCAGGUCCAGCACCAGCUGUCUGCCCAGAGCCAGGGCCUCAGCUUGAAGACAUGCUCGGGUCACUCUGCACGGACCACCUUUAGCUGUCAACAGGAGAUGGCGUCACCUGACAGACUCUUUAACUUCUGCUGUGUUUGAAGUAUGUUUAGUCAGUCAUCAGCAAAUAAAUGUAAAUUGUCCUUGA